AGGGGGAGGUGUGGGGAGAGAGUCAGAGACAGAGAACAUGUCGGUGAGCUCCUCCCAGCACAGCUCGUCUCAAGAGGGAGACCCUUCACUAAUGACUCCUCACCGCAAGUUUGCCUCAGACAUUGCAACUCUGGACAAGAGGGACAGAGAACUGCAGGAGAAGUUGAUGGAGGCCCAGAGCCAGGUAGAGGCCAUGGCUCGGAUUGUGCAAGAGAUUGAGAGUCAUCUGGUGGAACUGACCCGCCAGCAGAGAGCACUUACUCUGGAGAGAACUGAGCUGACAGAUCAGUACCAGAAGCUCCUGGUUGAGAAGCAGAACCUCUUUACCUCGCCUUCCGAAGAGUCUGGUUCAGCACCAAUGACUGCGACGAAGCCAAACUUCUUUGCAAAGAUGAAGGACUUAUCGGAAAAGGAGCAGAACAUGCAAAUGAAGUUGUUGCAAGGAAGUCAGUUGCUGGAGGAGGUGAGCAUCAAAAGGAGUAAGGAGGAGAAGAGAUUGGAGGAGGCCAGGUCUAAGAAGCUCAGAGCUGCUCAGAAGAAGUUUUCAAUGCUGAAGACAGAGUAUCAGGAGGUGCAGAGAAAGAAGCAGGACUUGCUCAGGUCCUCCUGGAAUAUUCCCCUCCCUCCUUCGCCUCCAAGUCAGCAGUCGAUGAUGAUAGAUGGCAUAUUGCCACUGGUAUCAACAAGCAAUGCUGUCCCAGACUCCAGCAAGUCAGUUGACUCUUACAGAGCAAGUAAUGAACAGAUGAAAGCAGAGAAAUGGAUGAAGACGGAGAAACAGAUGGAGGCAGAGAAACAGAUGGAGGUAGAGAAACAGAUGGAGGUAGAGAAACAGAUGGAGGUAGAGAAACAGAUGGAGGUAGAGAAACAGAUGGAGGUAGAGAAACAGAUGGAGGUAGAGAAACAGAUGGAGGCAGAGAAACAGAUGGAGGCAGAGAAACAGAUGGAGGUAGAGAAACAGACUGAGGCAGAGAAACGGAUGGAGGUAGAGAGUGGCUUGCCUCACAUGGAGCCGCAACCAAUGGCUGCUGAGCCAAUAGGAGAUGUGACCAGCUCUGUACCCAGUCUCCCUCUAGACCACUCUGCCUACACCAAACUAUACCCUCCUCCUCACCACAUAUCUCUCCCUCUAGACCACUCUGCCUACACCAAACUAUACCCUCCUCCUCACCACAUAUCUCUCCCUCUAGACCACUCUGCCUACACCAAACUAUACCCUCCUCCUCCACACAUAUCUCUCCCUAUUCUCAAUUCAAACUCUUCAGUAUCGACUUUGAACCCUGAGAGAACGAAACUGACUCCACUCACCCCCCAAGAACGAUCUUUCUCUUUGCCACCUCAGCCCGGUCCAAACACAAACAGAGAUGCUAUCUCACCGUCAGCAGAUGGCAAUGGUAAAGAGGCCAACACUAGGAGUGUAGGUAGUUCGCAGAUGGCUGCUGAGAUUGAUUCAAUUCUGUUCCCUGGGUGUGAUCCAGACUCACAGCCCCUUCUGUCAACAGCUUCGAAACAGCAAUCAUCUGUAGCUCCUUCAAAUAGUGCUUGCGCCUCUCUCUCUCUAGACGCAGCUGCUAAUGCCGCCACUGUGGAUGAUAGACAAAAGAUUGAUACUAAGAUUGGUGCUGAUGCUACUAAGAUAGACACUGCUACUAAUACUGCUACUGUGGAUGAUAGACGUACUAAUGGUGUUACUCAGGAUGGCAAACAAAUGGUUGCUGCCACAACAGACACUGUUACUAAUGGGGCUACUGUGGAUGAUAGACGGAAGAUUGAAUUUUCUGCUAGACCUGCUACUGUGGACGGUGAAGGAAAGAUCCGAGGUGUGGUGGUGAAGCAGGAGAUUGCAGAGUGUGAUGGUCAGGACAGUGAUGAUGAUUUGGAGGGUUUUCUGAGUACUGAUGGAGGAACCGGAGCCAGCGAUAGUGAGGGAGAUGUUAUCAGACAGGCCUGGAUGGCUGCCCAGGCUCUCCUAUCUACUGGAGAUACUUCACAUGGUGCUUCGAGUGAUCUACCGCUAGAGGUGUGGGAAGAGGAGGAGGAGGAGGAGGGAGAGGGUGUGACAAGUGGAAAGGGGGAGGGUGAAGCUGUGGAGGCGACAGCGACAUCUGUUGGUGGUGGGGGUGGGGAGGAGGAGCGGAUGGAGGACAAAGAAAGUGACGACGACAGACUCACAACGGAGUACAACCCUCAUCAGAAGCCUGUGCUCUGUGUCAAGGUUUCUGGAGGCUAUCUCUACUCCUGUUCGUCUGACAAGUCAGUCAAAGUCUACAACAUGGAGAAGACUCGCCAAGAGAAGGAGUUCAAGACUCACAAACGAUCCAUCACAUGCAUCGAGAUUUUCACCUGUUGUCAAGAGGAUUACAUCAUAUCAGGCUCCACCGACAAGCACAUCAUCAUGUACCACGCCAAGACUGGAGUGGUGGAGAUAGACUUCAGUCUGGGUGCCCGCAUCCAGUGUAUGGUGACUCAGGGCAGUCUGCUGGUGGCUGGACUCAGCAACGGAUUCAUUCACCUCAUUGACCUACAGACCAAGAGUGCCUUGGGCAGAUGGCUGGUGGGAAAUGAUCCUGUCAGGAAGGACAUCAGCUGCCUCGCCAUCUAUAACAACAGACUCUUGACUGCAAGUUACGACAACAAGAUAAGCUGUUGGGACAUAUCGCACUACGUUGGAGGGUGCGGAGGAGGCUCCAUUCUCGCCAGAAUUCAUCAGAUCUCAUCUUUCUCUGACAUGGUCCUCUGCAUGCAGGUUGAAGGUGACUUACUCUACUGCGGAUCAGCCGACACAACCCUGCAAAUUUUCGACACUCAGACGUGGGUGCCAUGUGGAAGGGUGAAAGGUCACGACGGUGCCAUCAGUGGACUGUGUGUCAAUGGCAAUCUGCUGAUUACGUCGUGUUUUGACCGCCUCAUCAGAUGUUUCGAUGCCAGGGACAAGACGUUGCUGCAAGUCUACAGCAUCGACGACCUCCCAUUCACUCUCUACAGCUUCAGAGACUCUGUCUACUGUGGCUUGAGAAACGGGAAGAUCGUUUCCAUCAAAAUUGAUCUGAGUACCUACCACCAGUGCCAGUGGGGAGAAUGUGGACUAAAGUUUGGCAUCAGAACUCAUCUGAGACAUCAUAUUACGAAAGAACAUUCAUCAGGUGGAAAAGACGGCGUCCCUCAGAUCCAGUCUCAACCGGAGAAUUCUCCAGCCACACCUUCCGAACCCCUUCCCUCUGCCCGCCCACUGCCAGUGGAUCUUGCCCCGCCCAUGCCACACCAACCUCGGCCGAAAACGAGGAGGCGGUGUACCUUCGAACCCACCGAGAGCUCCAGGCCUACCUGCCCCUCGUCUCCCACAUGAUGAGCCACAUUCGGAAGAAGGAAGGGGUCAAGUCAGAGCAGUACUCGAAAUUCAAGAGUCUCGAAUAUGUUUUACAGGAUUUCAGAAGCGGAGUCCCUCUCCAAACUCUCCUCAAGUGUAAGAAAGCUCUCGAGGAGUGCAAGACACAGGUACAGGUCAGGGACCAGCUCGGCUCCUCCUCUUCCAAGUUGACAACCUCAAAUCUUCCCUCCGUCCCCUCAUCCUCAGCAAACUCCGCCCUAUAAUUAACUCCUCUCCCACUUAACCCAUUUCAGUUGCUCAGAGCUGUGGCUCUGAAGCUGUGUGUCACUCAUUCUCUUGUUACGACAAUACUGCCGGUUCCUUGCUAUUCAAUUUUCAGUGAUUUAUCAUAUAUAUUAUAAUUAUAUCAGACUAAUAUUUAUGCCAUUAUACAGAUGCAUAAUAUAUAUAUAAUUUUUGAUC